CUGUUUGCUACCUGAUUAUGUAUCGCGCAAUCGUUGGUCACCAGUCGGCUGUUAGGAACAGUAGGAAGAAGCGUUUGCAAUUGAAAACUGUAUUCAACAUGGCCGUUAUAGUAAUGAGUGUUCUGGUCGCCUGCUUGCCAUUCACUGUUCUAACAGUGUGUGGACUGUUUGGUGUAGACGUGGGCUCUGUCGUGAACGGAUGGGUUGUGGUUAUGAUACUCCCUGUCAUAUCGUUGACCAACCCGUUGAUAUACACUGCAGUUGGGCAUAUACUCGAAGCAUGGACUGCAAUGAGGUUAUACAUGAGAAUGAAAUUCAAAAAGCAGGAAACAUUGGGAGAUCUGUUUGUUGAUAUACUGAGAACAUAUCUCUGGGAGUGUCGGAUGUACUGGCCUCUGACGCAGAAAUCCGUUCUGAAAGCAAAGACCUAUACAAUGAAUUCGGUACAUAAUACAUAUAACACCGCCACUAAGACAAGACUAAUCGAAGACGUAUCAGCUGCUGUAGAUAUACUGCAUGAAGAAGGCUACAGUCAUCUGAAAUUAUCAGAAAAUAUGAUCAUUACUAACCCACAUGGCGCUGUCUUACUACUUGGUAGUUCUCUGAAGGAAGCUUCUGAUUACAAUAUAGAAGAAGAUUUGCAGAAGUUAAAAGAAUUGAAACACCGAUUAAUGUGUGCAGAACAUAAAGAUGAUAGGAACAACUAAACAGUAUUUUUUGUUUAAUUAUUUUGUAAAAUAAUAUUUCAUAGAAAAGAUCAUAUGGUAAAUAUUAUAUAAUAGUAUUUUCAGAUAGAAAUUUGACAAGAAUAUUUAAUGUGUGGG